CUCCUCUGCUCUGCCCUCUCUAGACUUCACGCCGACCCUUGUCACGCCCCCGUCAAGAACGCCGGGCCGUCGGCUUGCCCCGCUGGCAGAGUGUUCCUUGUGUAGCUGCCGUUCCUCGCCCCGCGAUCCCUUCCUCAGCCCUCCUGGGCGCGCUGGGUCAAGAGGGCCCGGCUGUGUCCUGGGCGCCGCUGAUUUAGGCGCUUCCACAAGCCGUGUCUCGUGCAGUCCGCUCCCAGCGCGGCAGACUUCAAUAGUUUGGAUCCCAAGAUGGCUGGGCGAAAACUUGCUCUAAAAACCAUUGACUGGGUGGCUUUUGCGGAGAUCAUACCGCACAACCAAAAGGCCAUUGCUAGUUCCCUGAAGUCCUGGAAUGAGACCCUCACCUCCAGGUUGGCUGCUUUACCUGAGAAUCCACCAGCUCUCGACUGGGCUUACUACAAGGCCAAUGUGGCCAAGGCCGGCUUGGUGGAUGACUUUGAGAAAAAGUUUAAUGCCCUGAAGAUUCCUGUGCCAGAGGAUAAAUAUACUGCCCAGGUGGAUGCCGAAGAAAAAGAAGAUGUGAAAUCUUGUGCUGAGUGGGUGUCUCUCUCAAAGGCCAGGAUUGUAGAAUAUGAGAAAGAGAUGGAGAGGCUAAAGAACUUAAUUCCAUUUGAUCAGAUGACCAUUGAGGACUUGAACGAAGCUUUCCCAGAAACCAAAUUAGACAAGAAAAAGUAUCCCUAUUGGCCUCACCAACCAAUCGAGAAUUUAUAAAAUUGAGUCCGGGAGGAAGCUCUGACCCUUGUAUUACACAUUCUGGACAUUAAAAAUAAUAAUUACACAGUU